CUCGUUGCUCAGUAGCUGAUUGUGAGUACUAAUCUUUCAGUCGGAGAGAACGUAGCUUCGUGAAUUUUUCUCAGGAUUCUACCGGUUUUUUUACACUUUUAUAGAAAAAAGUGUCAGUGAUCAUCAGGAAAUUUUGUAUUCCCGAUUCUUCUUCAAACAAGCCAAUUAUAGAGUUCACUACCGGCGGAAACACCCAUCGAAGACAACUUUAUUGACGAGUACGAACGUUCCAGCCCAUAAACAAGGAGCUGCGCGGGCUACACAGCGAGCCAAGAGGAAGUGCGAUCGUAGAAGAUAGUUAAAUCGUCAGGCACCAGACAAGAUGCCUGCUCCGGCACCAACACAGGGUACGGUGGAGGGUGGCCCACCUCGCACCGAAUUGCAGGAAUUACAAUUAAAGGCCGAUCAAACUACAGAUGAGUCCUUGGAAAGUACGAGGCGUAUGCUGGCAUUAUGCGAGGAGAGCCACGAGGUCGGGAUGAAAACCCUCGUAAUGCUGGACGAGCAAGGCGAGCAACUGGACAGAAUCGAGGAGGGUAUGGACCAAAUCAACGCCGACAUGCGCGAGGCCGAGAAAAAUCUCACUGGAAUGGAAAAGUGCUGCGGUCUCUGCGUUCUCCCAUGCAACAAAGGCGCCAGCUUCAAGGAAGAUGAAGGCACGUGGAAGGGAAACGAUGACGGCAAGGUAGUUAACAACCAGCCUCAACGGGUGAUGGACGAUCGCAAUGGACUUGGUCCUCAAGGCGGCUACAUCGCCAAGAUUACAAACGAUGCCCGUGAAGGAGAGAUGGAAGAGAAUAUGGGUCAGGUGAACACAAUGAUCGGUAAUUUGAGAAACAUGGCGAUCGACAUGGGCAGCGAACUGGAGAAUCAGAAUCGGCAAAUCGACAGGAUUAAUCGCAAGGGCGAGUCAAACGAAACGAGGAUAGCCGUGGCGAAUCAGCGUGCGCACGCUCUACUCAAGUAAAAUGCGUCACUCUGCCCACGUACCCGUCUCCUCCGAGCCCUAAAUAGUCAAACAAUAAAUGAAUAUAUAUAUAUAUACAUAUACGUAUAUAUAUACACACACAUAUAUAUAUAUAUAAUAUGUAUAUCAGCUCCAAAAUAUUGUACGCUCACACGCCCACGACCCUUUCUUCUGCCUUCUCGUCGUCGGUCGGACACCGCCAACCCGUCAACCCAACUCGAUCCACCUGUUUGUGCUACAACGAAAUCAUCGAGCCUUCCGGUUACAUCGAUUUAUAUAUUACGUGUGCAAUCUCCUAUUAUUAUACACGUCGUUUAGUUCUUACACCCCUUGUAACCGUGUUAUCUUUUUUACCGCUCUUCUUGUUGUGUCCAGCUCGUUUUUUUACUCUGGUUUCACCGAUAUGAUUAUACCGUAUGUAGUAUAUUAUACAUAUACAUACGUAUAUAUCUAUAUACACGCGCUUAUAUUAACGUCUAAUCUUUUUGGAAUCUUAUUUGUCGGAUGAAACCCCGCAGUAUCGUCGCCGCGUUCGUCGUUGUCGUGACGACUAUGCACGAGUUUUGUUUCUUUCUUAUCGCUGCUGUAUUCCUUUCGAUUCGAUUGAAUAUUCAAUCUGGCACUUCUCGCGUUCGAUCAAAGAAUCCGCGGCAUCGUCUAGAUUACUGCAUCGAUUCUGCCAAUCGGGCAGAAUUUAAAUCAGAAUGGAAAUCGGCCGCAGCAGCGAUCGGGCUCAAGUACGAAGUAGUACGAGUCAACGAUGACGACGAACGACGAGGCGAGAGAAUAAAAAGCGCAGAAUAAUCGAAGUUAAACGAGGUCGACGAUUACAUGAUCUUGAUACACGCUUAAGUUUGAGUUACGAUCUUCCGUUUGUUUGUUUUUUUGGUACGCAGGGCGAAUCGAACGAGACGAGGAUAAAGGUGGCCAACGAGCGAGCCCAUCAGCUACUCAAGUAAGGCCACUCUCGACCACUUGCACCCCGUCGGCCACCAACAGCAACAAAUACUACCAUCACCACUAUCACAACCACAACUACACUAUUACUGACAACAACAACAACAACAACAACAACAGUAACACUAGCAACUACAACAAAAGACCAGGGCUAUCAGCUACAGAUACACACGAUCAGUUGUUACUCUCAGUUAAUCGUGUUCAUGUACUUGCAAUUUAUUUAUUACGAUUUUCUUAUAUCUCGAAUCACCGUGAAACUUUAUUACAGACGAGUUGACAAAUAGACGAUCGAAAGAACGAAAUGCAACUUCUAUAUCACAUAUGUUCUUUUUUCCGUCCUACGUUCGAAUCUUUUACGUUCUUCGUUCUGUUCGAUUUAUAGUGUAUAUUUGUAGACAGUGAACGCGUACGUUAUAGAAAACGCCCAAGAGAGAAUCGUUCUCAUCGGUUUUCGUACGUAUUUACUCGCAGUUAGUCUAUUUAUUGUUGUUCGUGCAACGCAUCGAAAGAGUUAUUGCGUUCUGGGAAAUAAAUUGUACCAUCUUACCCUGUUGUGCACUUUAUUUUCGGCGAACGUUAGAAGUAAAUUCUAUUUGAAUAUAUUACUUGUAUCUUUAUUGCCGUCGUUAGUAUAUCAUCCAAGUAGCUCCAUUCUCUAGCGACUAUACCUUUUUUUUUAUUGUGAAUCUUUGAUUCCUCCUUUCGGUCAACUAUCUUCGAAUGGUCCUUCAGCGAAUCUGCUCGGGCGUACUUACGAACAUCAUCUUUAACCCUUAAGAGAGCAAAUUUUCAUCUUUAAGACAUAGAAAUAUUUAGGAGGAAAGUAGAAGAGAAAAAAAAAAGUUAGUUUAUUUACGAAUAAUGUUUACAUGUAACGAAGAUGUCGACGCAACGUCGUCAAGUCAAUUCAGUGAUCCGAUAGAGUUUUUUAAAAGACGAGCCAGAUGUUUACAAGGAAAAUGAUAAGAAAGGGAGAAAGUAGAGAGCAAAUGAUGAAAAAGAGGAUACAAAAGUCUAAAGAUUUUUUCGUCUUAAUUGCACGUUUAUCCAAGUUCUUCCUCUCGUGAUAUAGCGUUUACACUUUUAACGAUUUAUCUAAAAAGUUUCUAAAAUAAGAAGAGUUAUUAACAGAGAAAAUACAAAAAUAAGAAUACAGAAUACAACAAAUACUAGAGAUCCAUUAGUUAAAAAAAAAAAAAAAAGGAAAUAACGAAUCGCAAGUAUCGCGCGCCUGUUUAAGGGUUAAAGAUUACCCACAGUUAACGAAAAUAAAAGCAUAUACACAGGAAACGACAAUGUCAGUUGGACGGGAGCGCACACACGCUGUAGUUCUCUGCAUCGUUACACACACACACACGCGCAAAAUCCAAACGACCCUGUAUACAUACAUACACAUAUAUAGAUACACAUACAUGUAGCCAUGUUCAGGUAUACAGAGAAAAAUCUGGAAUACAGCCACAUACAGCGAACAAUACAAAAGAGAAAAGGGAGAGUAGUAUAGAUCACACAGCGUGUGGGAGUGCACAUGUGAACGAUACAUACGCACAGCGAGCCCUCUUUAGGUAAUACAUACCAUGUAAUUUGUUAUCACGAUUAGCGUUACGACCAAAAUAUCCGUGUACAGUAGAUCGAUACGUAGAUAGACAUCAGAGAUGCGUGUGUAUGUGUGUAUGUGUGUGUGUGUGUGUGUGUGUGUGUCAGAGCACACGCGCGUGUCGCGCGGUAAUUCCAAGCAGUAGUAGGUCGUAGCAAGCGUGCUAGCCGAGGAGCAGCCUCGAGACAUAUAUGUAUGAUGUACGAGAUUACCAUGUUUGAAAACGCGAAUGUAUAUCGAAUGGAUCAAGGGAGCUUACCCGUAAAUGGCAAAUAAUAUUAGGUUCCUCCCGAAAGUGGUCGUUACUCGCUUACCUUUUUCUCGAUACAUACGCUCUACGUCGAACAUCGUGCGAUCAACGAAAUAUCUCGCUUCCCGAGAGAACACGAGAAACCGGAGGGGAUCACGACAGACGGGGCGAGGUAAAAAGCGGAGGAGGACGUUUAGCGCGGCAGCAAGUCGAUGUUUACGAAGAAGAAAAGGGAGAGGAGAGAGCGUAGUGGUUCCUCCCGUGUGUAGAGUAGGAGGAAGGGAGGAGAAAAAUAUAAGAGCAAAAUGAUGGGAAAGGUACGAGAGUGAGGGAGAGGUGGAGAUAAAAAUGGAAGAAGAAUUUGAUAAACCAAUGCAACGAAGUGGAUGUCGUAACGA